AUGCCUAGUGAUGAGUUAAGUGAGCUCCCGGUGCCAAAUAUGGACAAGGCACCGCAGUGCUAUGAUAACGAGAUCGACGAGCUGGACGCCAACUGCCAGCAGCUGGCUCGGGACUUCCUGCGGGAGACACCGGCCAUACGCGAGCAAAGCUUGGCUCAGCUGCGCGAUUGGAUCGCGAAACAUCCGAACAUCAAACGUUGCCGGACGGAUGCACGGUUCUUGCUAAGGUUCCUUCGCACAAAGAAGUACUCGUUUAUCAACGCCUCGCAGAUGCUGGAGCGCUAUCUGGCAUGUCGGGUGGUGCAUCCGCACUGGUUCCAGCGGCUGGACAUCGAGGAUCGGGAGAUGUGCGAGCUGGUAGAUGCGGGCUUCCUGUACCCACUACUAGAGAAGGACGCACGUGGCCGUACAGUGAUCUUCGGGGAUGCGGGAACGCUGGAUCCCAAGCAGUUCACGAUCGGGCACGGUAGCCGGAUGCAUAUGCUGGUGGGCGAAACGCUGUACGAUGACGCAUCGGUGCAGUGUGCCGGGUUCGUGCUGAUUUACGAUCUGUCCGGCAUCACGAUGGGAAUGCUGGGCCUGGUGACACUGAACGACAUUCGCGACCUGGCCACGUACCUCAACAACGCGGUGCCGAUGCGCAUCCAGGAGCUGCACUUCGUCAACACGCCCAGUCUGGCGCUCAAGAUCGCCAACUACACGCUGGCGGUGAUCAACGAGAAGUUACGCAACCGCAUCAUGUGUCAUCGAAACUGGGAGGAUCUGCACAAAAAAAUCGACAAGCGGUUGAUUCCCCAAGAGUACGGAGGCGUGCACCCGAAGGCGGACCACAUUGCGGCGUUCAAGCAGCGUUGCCACGUGUACCGGAAGCCGAUGCUCGCCCUGGAUGACAUGGAGUUUGAGGUGACCCGAGAUUUGGAGUACUGCAAAAAGUCCACCAUUGGGGAGAUCGAAACUGGCACGGUCGGAAGCUUCCGUAAACUGCAGCUAGAUUAG